GUAUACGGGUUCUCGUGUCCCAAUUUGCACAAAUUAUCCUAAUAUUGUUUUAUUAAUAAAUUGGUAACGCAUUAUCGUAAUGACCCGAAUCAGUUGCACGUUAAAAAUGACAAACCAGUUAAAUUGCAAAGUUCCCUUGGGCAACAUAAAGUGAAAAGAAACAUGUAUAAAACAGUUUUAUUGAUUUUACAGAUAACGUAUUAUACCCACUCGGAAGACUUGAAAGACCUCUCAGCUCCCGCCCUUAUUAAACUAGGGCAAGACGUGUCAGUUUUGCACCCUUACGAGGCCCACCCUUCGGAUGUGCAGUUUUACCUAACCACCCGAGGGGACACCCCUGAGGCACGCCUCGUCACCCCGGACACCCCAAUCGAUAACACCCUUAAGAGCAAAUUUAUCGUGCACGGAUGGUUGGAGAACCAUCGAAGGUCCUGGUGCGAGGCUAUAGCAGAACAAUUCCUCGCCAAUGAAGACUGUAACGUUUUCAUCGUUGAUUGGGAGAAACCCGCCAGGACAGCGUAUGCUACCUCUGCUAAAAAUACCAAAAUUGUCGGUUAUGAGGUUGCUAAUUUUAUUAUGGAAAGCAAGUUGUCCGGCCAGGAUGUGCACUUGAUAGGGCACUCAUUGGGGGCCCACGUGGCGGGUUUCACCGGGAAGAAGCUCCUGGAACGAUUCGACCAGAAGGUCCAGAGGAUUUCUGGAUUAGAUCCGGCGGGGCCGUACUUUAGGUUGCCGGGCAUAAAUUCGACCGAAAGGCUUGACAAGUUGGACGCUGAGGUGGUCGAUAUUAUUCAUACUGAUGCAGGGUUUUAUGAAUACGAAAAUCCCCUGGGAACUCUGGACGUGUACGUUAACGGGGGCCAAAGGGUGCAGCCCGGUUGUCUGGAUGAAUUCAUCAUCAUUGGUCCUACGUCGUUGGGAGACAUUUUUGAAAAAUACCAUCUUCACCUCGAUAAACUUUCAGCGUUCUGCAGCCACUCCAGAUCGACCAAAUACUUCGUCGAAUGGCAAAAGGGCAGCAAAUUCAAAUGUAUAUUCUGCCAACCCGUGCUGGGAAUCAACCUGUUCGGGGACAAAUGCACCCUGCACCAUACCGACCAAUUGGUCGGCUUCGGUGACGUCACCGAAGGCAUUUGUUUCGCCCCCACCAACCCCCAAGAACCUUAUUUGUCUUAA